CCGGGUCCGCCUGCUCUGUCCCGCCCGGCCGCCAGGUGAGCCGCGCCAGGCCCCAGCGCCCAGCAGGCCCAGCCCCGCUCCCUUACGCCUCGCCCGCCCCGCCGCCAGGUGAGCAGCUCCAGGCCCCGUCCCGCGCCGUCCCCGCUCAUCCUUCCGACCGCCAGAAACUUUGGCUGAUCCCAGGAAUUUGGCUAGUAGUGCUUCCACAGUACUUCCGGUUCCCAGUCCAGACUACAGUAACAGUACCGACUUAGUUUUGGAAUAUCUGAAGCGGUGCUGCUGAAGAGUCCUUAUGAUUUCACAUGUUUUUGCUGAACUUGUAAAAAAAGGCACUUGGAUGAUGGAUUAACAGGAACAUUGAGAUUCUGUGAAAAGUUUCAAAUCGGAGAGUAUUCAAUUUUCACCCUAGUCCAGCAGCUGUGCUGCUCACUUAAAUACAGAUGAAUGAAGACCCCAUUCGGGAAGACACCUGGCCAGCGGUCCAGAGCGGAUGCAGGCCAUGCUGGUGUGUCUGCAAGCAUGAUGAAGAAAAGGACAUCCCACAAAAAACAUCGGAGCAGUGUGGGGCCGAGCAAACCUGUUUCCCAGCCCCGGCGGAACAUCGUAGGCUGCAGGAUUCAGCAUGGGUGGAAGGAGGGGAAUGGCCCUGUCACCCAGUGGAAAGGAACCGUUCUGGACCAGGUGCCUGUAAAUCCUUCUUUGUAUCUUAUAAAAUACGAUGGAUUUGACUGUGUUUAUGGACUAGAACUUAAUAAAGAUGAAAGAGUUUCUGCGCUCGAAGUCCUCCCUGAUAGAGUUGCGACUUCUCGAAUCAGUGAUGCACACUUGGCCGACACGAUGAUCGGCAAGGCGGUAGAGCACAUGUUUGAGACGGAGGAUGGCUCCAAGGACGAGUGGAGGGGGAUGGUCCUAGCGCGCGCCCCUAUCAUGAACACGUGGUUCUACAUCACCUACGAGAAGGAUCCCGUCUUGUACAUGUACCAGCUCCUAGAUGAUUAUAAAGAAGGCGACCUUCGCAUUAUGCCCGAUUCUAAUGAUUCUCCUCCAGCAGAAAGGGAACCAGGAGAAGUUGUGGACAGCCUGGUAGGCAAACAAGUGGAAUAUGCCAAAGAGGACGGCUCUAAAAGGACUGGCAUGGUCAUUCAUCAAGUGGAGGCCAAACCGUCUGUCUAUUUCAUCAAGUUUGAUGACGAUUUCCAUAUUUAUGUCUACGAUUUGGUGAAAACAUCCUAGAUGUCAUCAUGAACUUUGCCAAAUUUGUGGAACUAUUAAAUGUAUAAUUUGUAGACAUAAAGACUUGAUUGCUUUCCAGUUUAAUGAAAGCUUAAAUGUCCCUGCGAACCCACAAUCUCUGCCAGCAGAACUGGUUUUGUUCUGAAUAGUACAGAUUUAUGUGAACACAAAGCAUUUUGUGUAAGGAACUCCUUCCUCUUAAAAGAAGUCUGUGUGUCUGGAGGGGAGUUAAGGCAAGUUUGGUGCAAGUUAAGCUAGCAUUGCGGUCGUGUAGAACUGUACUGGAUCGUCCCCAGCUCCCCGUCACCAUAGCUCUCCUUCUCUGCUGCCACACUGCAAGCGUAGUUUGGUACUGUCGGUACUGCCUUCUUUUUUGAGACGUGUACGUAUCUCUAUCUACCUGUCCAGCUCUGUGUGUGUCCAUAUGCACUACGCGCGCGCACGCGCGCACACACACACACUCUUCCUUGGCAGUCCUUUCUUUGUGGAUUGGGGUGGGGGUUCAAUAAUAUUCUCCAGUUUAACAGGAGUGCUUGUCCUAAGUCAGUCCUAUUUUGUAUAUUACUGCUGUCUAUUUAAAAUUAAAUGUGGGCACAGGAGACAACAUCAGGAUGUUCAGCAUGUUCUGGAGUCGGAAGUUCAGACACUGUUUCAGUCUGGAGGCUUUAAAUCAUGAGUCCAAAUAUGAAUCCCUUGAGAACAGUUGCUGGACCCACAUUAGAAUUCAACAAAACAUUAGAAAUCUGGGUCAAAAGCUGCCUUUAAUUCUAAGCUUUGUAAAUUUUUGUUUACAUUUUUUUUUAAUCAUAAAUCCUCUUUCUGUUUUAAAGCAAAGCCCAGGUACUUGUGCACACACAGUGGUGCAGGUGUGUUUUGGGCGGCCCAAGCGGUCCGUUCAUGUGUACAAAUCAGUCUGGAUUCUAGUACGUGGAUCUGAGAGGCAGCAGUGCAUCAGUGGUUUGUGUGUGUGUGUGGUAAGUUCCUGGCAGAACCUAGUGCUUUUAUAUUAGAAAUACAAGUUUCAGAAUGGUGUUGCCGCCUGCCAGCAGGUUCUCUGGAACACUUAUUUUUAUUACUGUUCUUACUGGUACAUGGUUGCGGUCAGAAGGCUUUUCCCCACAAGAGGAUCUAGAUGCACAACAGCCAGGUCCCCGGCCGCCUUCUGUGGUGCUGCACAGUCUUGCUCCUCGAGUGCUGUUGAUAUGGGCUCUCCCCAUCCAGGGGCCCUGCCACGUCAGGGCCGGUCACUGCGCUAGCCCCCCGGGUGUGCCUGGAAGCAGCCUGUGGCUGCACGACCUUCUCGUGGCUGAUUGCCACAAGGUGGGCUUCACCGGAAUAGACCCGCAGAGGUAGUUGGUGUGUCAGCGACAUGGCCAUCUGUCCCUUUGUUUUGGAUGAGCCCUGACCGUAUGAAAGCCAGGAGAGAGGCAGGACGUCAGACCAGUCUCUUGUGGAGAUUGGAAAACUUGCCUGAGUUCUGGGAGUCAGCUCCCAGAUCGUGAGGCCUCAGAGACACUGUAGCUGUGGCCUCGGCAUGCUUGUCCGCAUGGUGAGGCUGUGUGCUGUGGUGCUGUAGGGUGGUCACCUUGCGCGCUCUAGCAGGGCAGCGCCCGGCCUGUGUAGGUUGUCUCCCUGCGGUGAGCACCUGGUCUCAGACGCUCCUCCUGCUUGAACAGGGGUCAUGCUGCACACCUGUCACCUCCUUCCCUGGAGGCUCUCGUCACAGUCCCUGCAUGCGAAUCUCCAGGCUGGGCCCAGCUCCCAAGCGCAUGUGGACACGUGUGCCAAUAGAGUGGGUGUGCCCAGUGUGUGCACCCGGACGUGACGAGGUGGCUUCAGGCUGAAAACCAGUGUUCUUGGGAAGUGUCCUGAGGGUUGGGUCACUUGGUGACUUGCAUUGGGGUUUUCCUGCAAGUACCUGUAGCAGCUUCAGUACUACGUGGUCUGCCACUCCCCAGAUGAACGUGACGAUCACCGUUAUGUUAAUCAGUGUUCCAUGUGUUGCCUUUAGGGUGGAAGGAAGGGGAAGGGGUUUUUUUGUUGUGUUCUUUAUUCCCCCCAUUCUUUUUACUUUUGGUGGCUCAGCCCACACUUGCGCGGUGACUGACUGCACUCCCUCGCCCGGUAUUUCAGGCUUCGUUCUAGGCUCACGUUUCAGAUCUGCAUGCAUUGCUUGCCUUUUCCUGCUAUCAGAAUGUUGGUUCCUUGUUCUAGGAGGCCAACAUGAGUUUCCAAAAUUAUCGUGGGACUUGUGACCACACAAGACCUGAACCUGUAUAAAAUGUCCCGGCCUUCCUCACUGACCUGCUCUAGUGUUCUCGUGUCGUGUGCGUGUGACGUCCGGCUGCCACGUGAAGCUUCCGAGGAGAACCUUAGACGCAGACCAUCCUUUUUUGCAUGCUCUAUUCUAAGUAGGAUGUUCAAUGUAACUAACUGAACUUGCAUGUGAAAGAUAUUUAGGUUUUUUUUCUAUCUUUGUUUUUAUUUGUUUUCAGUUUUCUGUAUAUUUGCUUCCUGUGCCGUUUUAGUGGUCGUAGGAUGAAAGUGCACUGGCGAAGCCAUGCAGUGCCAGCAGCAGGUGACUUCCCAGCUCUGUCGUGCAGCAUUUGAAGGGACUGUGCAUUCUCGAAGCCUCACAGUUACUUCUAAGCCAGAGUUCAUUCCUGUCCUUGUUUUACGUGCCAAACCCCGAAGUGCAUUGGGCUUGAAUCUCUGAACGCUGUGGACCCAUUAGAGGACUGUUCUGAUUGUCACAAAUUGUAGUGCCUGAAAACAUUCUUAAGCUGAUUGUCUUAAAAAAAAAAGAAAAAAAAGAAAAAAAAAGAAAGUUCUCCAAAGACAAAACAGGAACAAUUAUUAUAACAAAAUAAUUAUGGUCGAAAUGUCUGUGGUUCCUUGGAAAUGCUGCGCUUUUUGUAUUUCCACCAUUAGUGCGGUGUGAGCGGAUGUGUAUAGUUCAGGGGUCGUCGUGUUCGCAUCUUGCAAUUAGGUAAAUGACCUCAUUUUCAAGCUUGAAUUCAUUUUUAAUUUUAAUUUUAUUUUAUACGAUGUGUAGACAGUUCCCUGUUCUCUGCAUUUAGAAGUAUAAACAAUAUAAAUCUGUUAAUUCUGUAAGUAAUUUUUAUAAUUAUGAUGUAACUCUAUCCUAUCCUUAAAACAUUUAAAAUAAACCCUUUAUGUGCAA